AUGGAGGGGAAUUUCAUGGAGAUAUGGGCGAGAUUGUCUGAGAAACUGGGAACUGGUGAACUAGAAUUAGUAGCUACUGUCAUGAGGAAUAUAUGGAGCAAAAGGAACAGUUUUGUUUUCGAAGGGAAGUUUCAAGGGCCUUUUGUUUUAUACAAACAAGCUCAAGACUGUUUGUCAAUGUUGGGUGAGGCAAAAAUGGAGUUGGGGAAUAGAAGAGAGGGAGGUAAUAUGCAAAGGGAUAUGGGGAGGUGGAGGAAACCGAGAAAGGGAUGGGUUAAAGUGAAUUGGGAUGCAAGUCUCAACUCUGAAUUGAAAAGAAUGGGGAUGGGGAUAGUGGUGAGGGAUGAAAAUGGGAAACUGUUAUUAUUAUUGUGCAACUCUAUUGCAGAGAGCAAAACUGAUGAGGCAGAGGAUGAAUCUUUAGUGCAUGAGGUGAAUGUUGUGGAGUUUCAAGGCAAAUGGGGAUAUAAUCUUUAG